CUAAGCAUCACCUGCUGCCACCUGCUGAAUAAAUGAGUAAACUGGCGCUUUUACCUACCGAAAUUCACGAAAAAAAUAACAGCACAAAGGCGUUACCACCACCUGAAGGUGAAGUUAUCCACUCAGACAUGUCAGUCUGUGAUGAUACACUCCUGUGCAACUUCCCAAAGUGCCGGACCAAGCUGAGCGGCUUCGCCUGGGUCACAGCCUGCUCACAUGCUUUCUGCGAUCAGCAUGGGUCUGGUGAGUUCAGCCGCUCUCCAGCCAUCUGUCCGGCCUGCUCUUCUGCUCUGUCUGGGAAGCUGGACAUCAUUAGGACUGAACUGUCACCUUCUGAGGAGUACAAAGCCAUGGUGCUGGCAGGAAUGCGACCAGACAUAGUCUUGGACAUCAGUGCCCGUGCUCUGGCUUUCUGGAGCUAUCAGGUUCAUCAGGAGCGUAUAUAUCAGGAGUACAGUUUAUCAAGGGCAGAGGCACAGAUGAAGCAGUUGGAGAAGGUGUUGAGCCAGCAGAACCAGAGCAGAGAGCUGGAACUCACGGCAAUGAAGGGGGAAAUUGCCUCCCUGAAGAAGGUGAUGGAGGAGUAUAAAAGGAAAUACAGUGAGGUGUCCGAGAGGUUAAUGGAGAGGAACCGACAGUACCAGAAACUACAGGGGCUGUAUGACUCUCUGAGGCUGCGCAACAUGGUUGUGGGUGUUGGAGAGGGAGACACACAGACACAACCAGGACAUCAAGACUACAGCACUAGGGUGGCUAGGCAGUCAACUCCUCAGAGAAGCCCUCAGUUCCUCUCAGCCGGCCUGGAUGGAGAUAGCAGAUUUUUUUCCUGUUUGGAGGUUGAUGGAGGCAAGACCUUCUUCCAGUUCAGCUCCCCAGCCCGGGACCGAGGCUGCCCACUCAUCAAGAAGCACUGAGACAGCAACAGGUUUCAAGCCGACUCCAGUACAUCCACCUCCUACAUUUAUCUAUUCAUUUAUUUCAUAGUGUUCUGUGGUUGUUGACUCAUUAGUCUCGUUCAGCCUGAGUGCUUUUUUUUUCAGCAUUUAUGGUAACACAAACUCUUUGUUUACACCAAGCACUGCCUUUAAGUCCUCUUGGAUAAUCUACAUAUACUGGAUCAGAUUUGAUUUUAAGCUCCUGCCAGGAACUUUCAUCUUAUGUUGAUAUUGGAACCCUCUUUGAACAAAGCUCAUCAAUUUGUCCCUUUUCUAUCUGCAAACAGUUUCCAGUAUUUACCUUUAAGAUUUUGUACAUGUCCCAAAAUAUUUCUGUCUGAAGUUUAAUCAAUUUGAAAAUGGAUAAAAGGUGAUUAAAGUUGCAUGGUAAUGUGCGGUAUCUGUCA